UUCGGAAGUAUAUAAAUCGCUGGGAUGGGGAGGGUGCUGGGUCUAGUUUUGUGGCUUAAUGGCGAGCACAGGCAACAGAGCUAUACUACACAAGGUUGAUCCAAAUUAUACGGGGAUUGGAAAACUGGAACUGGCUAGCAGGCCGAUUCCCGAGGCGCUUCCAGGCAAGGUUGUUAUCCACCUUCUUUUGAGGCCCAUCAAUCCGACGGAUCUUACUUCCCCUCUAAGUCGCCAUGGCCGUCCUGUUUCCACGCCAGGCUCGGAAGGAUACGGGAUAGUUCAUGCUAUUGGAGAUGGAGUUACCAAAGUGAAGCCGGGGCAGAGGGUGGUGCCGUUUGUAUGGGAGUCAGCGAUUGAGAGCGGUGAUGGUUCGUGGCAAGAGUAUGUUUGUGUGAGAGAAAGCAUGCUCACUUUGGUGCCGGACUCCGUCUCCGACGAGGUGGCAGCGCAGUUUGUCCUGAAUCCGUGGACUGCUGUUGGUUUGAUGAGAGACCUUCAUGUCCCCGAGGGCGAUUUUAUGCUGCAAACAGCUGCCGGUUCCAUGCUUGGAAGGCUUGUGAUCCAGCUAGCCAAGCACAAGGGGAUCAAGACAAUCAAUGUUGUCCGACGGGAAGAGCAGAAAGAAGAGCUCAAGGCACUCGGGGCCGACGAAGUGAUUUGUUCUACAACCGAAGAUGUUGUUGCGAGAGUCAAGGAGAUUACAAGUAAUAAGCUCGUGUAUGGAGCUUUGGAUUGCGUUGGUGGAGACAUGACCAAGAUUGUGACAGGAUGCGUGAGAAGAAAAGGAACGGUGUUUCUGUAUGGCGUUCUCUCCGGCACGGAAGCCACCAUAAACAUCUAUGAUCUGCUCCGGCAAGUGGAGAUCAAAGGCUGGCUCGUGAUGAAUUACUGGGACUCUGUGGAGCACAGAGACGCUUUCAUCAGCGAGGCGUGGAGGCUUUUCGAAGCGAAGGUCUUUCAGCUCUCGCCGUGCAAGAGAUACGAGCUCUCGGACGUCGAGGAGGCCCUCAAAGGCGUGGGAAAAGGCGGUGGAGGUACCAAAGUACUUCUAGAAACCAAACUUUGAGAAAACGUUUUGCUCGUAUGAUCUGUGCCUUGGAAUAAAGAAUUUUUCACUGUUGUGUGUUCUAAA